AUGCUAGAGAAUGAACAAUUACAAGAGAUGAUUUCAAAUGGCCAUGCCAGACGUAUGGGACAUAUUGAAAACUAUUUUGGCAUAGCUCAACGUCAAAAACUUUACAAAACAUUUGCAGUUAUCGCUAAAUUCAACACAAAGGUGAAUGACAAGGCUCUAUUAUUCCAUGCUUUGAGACCUUUAUUGUUGAAAUACCCAACUUUAGCUUGUACUAUAGUGGAUACUGAUUAUUCAGAUACAACAAUCCCAAGACCAAUUCAUGAUUUCAUAAAAGUUAUUGAUGUUUUGAAACUAAAAGAUUUCUUGUAUGAGUUGCCUCAAGAGAUCAAAGGCUUGAAACAAGAUGAUCCUGAAUUAUUUGCCAAAUUGAAUGAGAUUGUGUUACCUUAUGCUGAUGGUAAUACUUUGUGGAAAUUGGCAUUCUUGGAUGAUUAUACCAUGGUUUAUAUCACAAAUCAUUGUUUAUCAGACGGUAUAAGUGCUAAGAAUUUGUUACAAGAUCUUGAAAAUGAAUUUGAAAGAUUAUCAUUGGAUGAUGAUGGUGAAGAUUAUGAGUCCAAGAUUUUAUUAAAUUACAACUCUGAUAAAUCAAUAAUGGAGAAAUUACCACCAUCAAUAGAUUCAAUUGUUAGUUACAAAACACCAUGGUGGUAUAUUCCAGAAUACAUUUAUAACCAAUUUGUCAUCAAUUACUUGAGCUUUGCAUCAGGCGUUGUGGAACGUUCAGAUACACAUAUCUAUAAACAGGUUCAUAUCCCACCAAAAGAUUUGGAAAUAAUUAAACAAAGACUAAAAGAUAAUGAAGCUGAUCGCAAAAUUACACUAACCCCUUUCAUUCAAGCUGCUUGGUUAAAUGCUCAAUAUCAAGCUGGUAUUUUCAACAACUUUACUCAAGUUUCUGAUGUUUCAUUACCUUGUAAUACUAGACAAUAUUUACCAUCAGGAUAUGAUUCAGAUGCUUUCAAAUAUGGGGCAAAUACUUCAGGAAGUCGUAAAUUCUUCACUCCAGUUAAAAAGCUUACUUGGUCAAUUGUGGAUUAUUUCAAUUCUUAUUAUAAAUAUCUCUUCAAAACUAAAAGAUUCCUAUACAAUAUGGGAAUAAUGACACUUGAAAUUGUGUUCAAGAAUCAAAAUAUGGAUAAAAUCAUUUCAGAAUCUUAUUUCGGGCAACCAAGAGGUAAUACAGUUUUUUCAAAUAUUGGUUUAGUUCAUGAUUCAAAUAACAAAAAAUAUAGAAUAAGUGAUGUUCACUUCUCACAAAGCCCAGGUUCUUUAGUUUUCACUUUUGCAAUGAGUACAGUUUCAUCUGUUGAUGGUGGAUUGAACAUUGUUCUUGCAAUGGCUGAAAAGACAAUCUCAAAAGAGAAAUUUGAAUUCAUCGUUGAAAAAUUUACAGAAAAUUUGUUAAGAGAUGAUAUAGAGCAAAAUUAG